AUGUGGCUGGAGGACUCUCGAUUCUAUCUCGAGCUCGACAAAUGGAUGAAUGAGGGUGUCAGUGGAUCGGGAUGUGUUUUCCUCCUCGCUAGGAGACUUUUGCUUGUGAAGUCUAGAGUGAAGGUUUGGAACAAGGAAGUGUUCGGAAACAUUGACACUAAGGUUGAUGAGUUAUCUUGCAAAAUUAUGGAACUGGAUGUGGUUGAAGAACAGCGCCCUCUUCUUGAAGAGGAAAUGUGCAGAAGAGCUAAUAUGGCCUUGGAACUUAGUAGGGCCUUGUAUUUGAAGGAGAUAUGUUGGAGGCAAAAAUCGAGAGAAGGGUGGAUCAAAUUGGGGGAAAGAAACACAGGGUAUUUUCACAAAGCUGCGAAUUACAGAAGGAAGUUAAAUUUCAUAAACAGAAUUAGGAUCAAUGGACAAAUGAUUGAAGACAAGGAGGAUUUGGGAAUGGUAUUGUUAAUUAUUACAAGGGUCUGUUCUGUGAUUCUAACGAUCAUCGCCCAGUUCCUUCUCGAUUGGCAAAUGUCGUUCUUGGGGAGAGCGACUGUGGGACGCUGGUGA